UCGCACCGUACGAUGGCACUGGCAAGGAAUACGCAACCGAUAGAGAGUGAAGCACCAUUCAAGACCGGAUGCGGUACGAUACAGUCGCCACCGAAAGGUGGCACCGAUACGCUUACCGGUGGUGGAGCAAACAGCCCGAGUACCGUAACCAGCACGACAGACAGCACCAGGGGCAGUCUCUCCAAUAUCUCGACGUCAUCCAUCAAACGGACAGACAACGCUUGCGAUGACGAUUCGAGUGCGUUCGAUAGUAGCAGCAGCAGCAGUAGCGAUACGGAGUGUGACGAUGAUACCAUCAAGCGUGCCAUCGACCGUAUCCCGGGUGCACUGGUACCCGGGGAAGCACGCGUUCUCCCGAACGGGAGUCUUAAAGUUGGCCCCGAAGCGAUCAGUCCCGCGGUACGGCCCACCCCCGGUGCCAUCGGUGCGAUCGCGGUGCACAACUCGUCCGACAUCACGUUCGGCAACAAAACGUACAUUAAGGGUCAGGUUGUGAUAAAGAACAUCUACCAGGAUCGUAAGCAGGGGAUCGCCAAUCCGGGGUACAGUGUGCAGGAAAACGAUACGAACGAUGCCAGUUCCACCAAAAAAGUACCUCCGUCAGCCUCGAUACCUCCAGAGCCACGAACCUGGCAAACUAGUCUUAAGACAAUCAUCAAAGACAAACCAUUGCUCAGCUUUAUCGUCAUGAUAUCGCUCAUGAUCGUGCUGUGUGCCAUCGUAGCAGUCAUAUCCAUCCUCACCGCGUCAGGUAAAGCUAGAAUAAGGCCCCCACUUGGCGACGGCGACGACAAUCGUCCCAAUAUCCCACAGGACAAGGACAUAGAGGACGACCUAUUCCCAGAUCCUAGACCAUUGCGAAUGGUGACGAGAACGGAGUGGCUAGCUCAACCGCCUCGGGAAGAUUUAACUGAUCUUAAGCUACCGGUGCACAACGUCAUCAUUGCUCACACUGCCACCGAGGCGUGCACUACUCAGACGAAAUGUAUGUAUCAGGUGAAAUUGAUCCAGGAGUUUCAUGCCGAUCCCAAUUCGAGAAACUUUUCCGACAUAGCGUACCAAUUCCUCGUUGGCGGUGAUGGUAACGCGUACGAAGGAAGAGGCUGGACAAAGCAAGGAGCGCAUACGAAAGGUUACAAUGUGGACAGUAUCUGCAUAGCGUUCAUAGGCACGUUUAUCGUGGCCCCUCCACCGAUCGCUCAGCUUAGUGCAGCGAAGCAGCUGAUCCAGCUAGGAUUGCAGGGAAACUAUCUGGCCUCCAACUACAGCCUGUAUGGUCACCGGCAAUUGGCACCGUUCGAAAGCCCAGGCAAGGCACUGUUCGAUAUCAUUAAAACAUGGCCCCACUGGUCCAGCAAGCUGAGCAGCAAUCAUUGGAGUGGCGACGAUUCGCAACCAAAACGACGCAAACGACAUAUCGACCAACGCACGAUUGAUGACCUCUCUUGAAAAAGAAAAGACUGUGAUGAUGAAAAUAAUCGAAUAA